AUGAGCUACGGCAAAAAGGACGAGGACGCCGAUCUGGGAUUGGUCAAGGUGGAUCGCACGCAAGUGUUCCAAGAAGCACGAAUAUUCAACGAAGGCACAGUUCAACCGCGACGAUGUCGAAUACUCCUCACCAAGAUUGCCCUCCUCCUCUACACCGGCGACAAGUUUCCCACCAAUGAAGCCACCACGCUCUUCUUCGGCAUCUCCAAGCUGUUCCAGAACAAAGAUGCCAGCCUCAGACAAAUGGUCCACCUCGUCAUCAAAGAGUUGGCCAAAUCUGCCGAGGACAUCAUCAUGGUCACCAGCACCAUCAUGAAGGACACCGGCGGCAGCACGGACGCCAUUUUCAGACCCAAUGCCAUCAGAGCCUUGUGCCGUAUCAUUGACGGCACAACCGUUCAAUCCAUUGAACGAGUGAUGAAGACUGCCAUUGUGGACAAGAACCCCUCCGUCUCUUCUGCUGCCUUGGUGUCUUCGUACCACCUUUUGCCCAUCGCCAGGGACGUCGUCCGGCGCUGGCAGAGCGAAACCCAAGAGGCUGCUGCCUCGUCCAAGUCUUCUGGCGGCUUCUCUCUGGGCUUCUCGUCGUCAAACGGACAAGUGUCGAUCAAUAAUUCAACAAUGACGCAGUACCACGCCAUCGGACUGCUCUACCAGAUGCGGAUGCACGACAGAAUGGCUCUCGUCAAGAUGGUUCAACAAUUCGGCGCCGCUGGAGCGAUCAAGAGCCCUCCCGCAAUCGUCAUGCUGGUCCGACUGGCCGCCCAGUUGGCUGAAGAGGAUGCAGGUUUGCGGAAGCCAAUGAUGCAGCUUCUCGAUGGUUGGCUGCGCCACAAGAGCGAGAUGGUCAACUUCGAAGCCGCCAAGGCCAUCUGCGACCUGCGCGACGUCACUGACAAUGAGGUUACUCAGGCCGUCCACGUCCUGCAACUCUUCCUGACAUCUCCUCGCGCCGUCACCAAGUUUGCUGCUCUGCGAAUUCUGCACAACUUUGCAUCCUUCAAGCCGGCCGCUGUGAGCGUCUGCAACCCUGAUAUCGAGCUCCUCAUUUCAAACUCGAACCGCUCCAUCGCCACUUUCGCCAUCACCACUCUGCUCAAGACCGGUAACGAGGCCAGCGUCGACAGGCUCAUGAAGCAAAUCUCCACCUUCAUGUCGGAAAUCACUGACGAGUUCAAGAUCACCAUAGUGGAGGCCAUCCGAACUCUGUGCCUGAAGUUCCCCAACAAGCAAGCCGGCAUGCUGACCUUUCUCAGCGGCAUUCUGAGAGAUGAGGGCGGCUACGAGUUCAAGCGUACCGUCGUCGAAAGCAUGUUUGACUUGAUCAAAUUCGUCCCCGACUCCAAGGAAGAGGCCUUGUCUCAUCUCUGCGAAUUCAUCGAGGACUGCGAAUUCACAAAGCUCGCCGUCCGAAUCUUGCACCUCAUCGGACUGGAAGGCCCCAAGACCGCCCAGCCCACCAAGUACAUCCGAUACAUCUACAACCGAGUUGUUCUCGAGAAUGCGAUUGUGCGAGCUGCCGCGGUCACUGCGCUGGCCAAGUUUGGUGUCGGACAGAAGGACCAAGACGUCAAGGCUAGUGUCAAGGUCCUGCUCACACGAUGCUUGGACGAUGUCGAUGACGAAGUUCGCGAUCGCGCCGCUCUCAACCUAAGGCUCAUGGCCGAGGAGGAUGAUGAAACUGCCCAGAAGUUUGUCAAGAACGACAGCGUUUUCUCGCUUCCAGUCUUUGAGCAUCAACUCGUCAUGUACGUCACCUCGGACAACAAGGAGGCGUUCGACACUCCCUUCGACAUUGCCCGCAUCCCGGUGGUUACCAGGGAGCAGGCCGAUGCCGAGGACAGGACGAAGAAGCUCACCGCCACGGCGCCAACCCUGAAGGCACCCAAGGCAGCUCCUACAAAGGCUCCUGCCAGCGGCGCCGAGGCUGCGGCCUCCGCUUCUGCCCAAGCCCAGCGCCACGCCGAGGAGUUGAUGCAGAUUCCCGAGAUGAAGGAGUUUGGCAACGUCCUCAAGUCUUCCCGGCCCACGGAACUCACGGAAGCGGAAACCGAGUACGUGGUGAGCGUGAUUAAACAUGUUUUCAAGGAGCACAUUGUGCUUCAGUACGAGGUCAAGAACACUCUGCCAGAUACUGUCUUGGAAGGAGUUUCCGUGGUUGCCACGCCCAGCGACGAGGACGAGCUGGAGGAGGUUUUCAUCAUUCCGGCCGAGAAGCUGGCGACUGAGGAACCCGGGAAAGUGUAUGUUGCGUUCAAGAAGACCAACGGCGAAGCUUCGCUGCCCAUGGCAACAUUCUCCAACAUUUUGAGGUUCACGAGCAAAGAAGUCGACCCGUCCACUGGUGAGCCCGAGGAGACUGGGUACGACGACGAGUAUGAGGUUUCCGAGUUUGACCUGAGCGGAAGCGACUACAUUGUCCCGACGUUUGCCAGCAACUUUAGUCAUCUGUGGGAGCAGAUAGGCGCAUCAGGCGAGGAAGCAGAGGAGACUCUUCAGUUGAGUGGCAUGAAGAGCAUUGCAGACGCCACGGAACAGCUGGCCAAGGCUCUCUCGCUGCAGCCUCUGGAGGGCACAGACGUUCCCAUCAACCAGAGCACACACACGCUCAAGCUUUUGGGCAAGACUGUGCUCGGCGGCAGAGUCGUGGCAAUGGUGAGAAUGGCAUUCUCUUCGAAAUCAGGAGUGACGACGAAGAUGACGGUGAGAAGCGAGGAAGAAAAUAUUGCUUCACUAGUUAUUGCAUCCGUGGCUUAA